CGUUGAUUUGGCGCUGUCUCCGGGGCUCGGUCCGAGAGCCCGGGCAACGGGCUCGAGCAGGUAGGCUGAGGCAAGCUCGCGUCCGAGACGGGCCGCUUCAGGGUGCGGGCCCCCCGUGCAGCUGCCGCGACGGUGGACGCUGCCCCCUGGUACUAUGGAAACUAAACCUCUGACCAAUGGGGAUAAUGCAGGCUACUAUGUGGCAGCUGUCGAAGUUGCUCCACUCAUUCGCCCUCUUAACAACAGUCAUGCGUCGCACUCAGCGGCCAGUGUCACACGCUACAGGAGGGCGCGCUUAUCCACAGAGAGGCCAGAGCUCCCAUCCACCAGCGCUUGUCAUCCUCUGGCCGACAUCGAGGAAGGGGUUUGCUGCAAGCUGUCUGCUGAUUCCUGGGGGUCUCUGAAGGCCAUGAGCGGCAUGUCGCAGGGCAGUGCUGCUCCGUGCCGGACCCUGUGCUGGUGACGGGGACAUGGGACGUCUCCUCCGGGCUUCCAGCAGGCUCAACACAAGUGCCGACCCGGCCAACGGCACCCGGCGGGGCCCCGUGUCCAGCAGAGCGCCUCGGGACACGGCCGAGACGAUGAGAGGUUCGGAGGCAGUGGAGAUGGACGUGCCGCAGACCAGCGGCAGCCAGCCGAAGCCGGACAGCCGUGAACAGAUCGAGCCCGACAGAGACGGCAGCACCGAGACACAGCGGCACACCUUAAACCCUGGACAGGCAGGGAGGAGGCUCAAGUCUAAUGCAAAGUUAAAGUUAGUUCGGAGCCUGGCUGUGUGCGAAGAGUCCUCACCUCCCCCUAGCACUGAGCUGGCACGAAAACAGGAUAAAGUUCAGACCCAGUUCACCCAGUCAUCCGAAAAAGAAGAACUGCCUGUCGAGGAUGAGAAGGAGAAGAACACAGAGAAGCUGGAGAAGUCAGAGAAAAUGUCACGCAAGAUGCUCUCAAGAGAUUCUAGUCAGGAAUACACUGACUCGACUGGCAUUGAUCUCCAUGAGUUCUUAGUAAAUACAUUAAAAAAUAACCCCAGGGACAGAAUGAUGCUGCUGAAGUUGGAACAGGACAUUCUUGAUUUUAUCAGCAAUAAUGAAAGCCAGAGAAGAAAGUUCCCUCCCAUGACGUCCUAUCACAGGAUGCUGCUACACAGAGUUGCUGCGUACUUUGGUUUGGAUCACAACGUAGACCAAACUGGGAAAUCUGUCAUAAUCAACAAAACUAGCAAUACAAGAAUACCAGAUCAGAAGUUUUCAGAGCACAUCAAGGACGACAAAACAGAUGACUUCCAGAAACGGUAUAUUCUCAAGAGGGAUAACGCCAGCCUGGACAGGGAUGACAACAUGAUGCGGAUGCGACUGAAGGAUGACCGCAGAAGCAAGUCCAUAGAAGAACGUGAAGAAGAGUACCAACGAGCUAGGGACAGGAUAUUUGCGCAAGACGGUCAAGAGAGCUUUACACUUGAUAAAAGGAUCCAGCAGGAUGAGACGUGUAAUAGCACGCAGCAAAGAAGGCAAAUAUUUAGGUUGAAAGACAACCGAUCAGCAAACAGUCGACAGAGCAGCUCAGAGAAUGAGCCCAAGUACUCAGAACCUCGUCCUUGGAGCAGCACAGAUUCAGAUAGUUCCAACCGCAACCUGAAGCCUACCAUGACCAAGGCCAGCAGCUUCAGCGGAAUCUCGGUCCUGAUCCGUGGUGACAGUUCAGGCAGCAGCAAGAGUAGGGGCCGAUUGUCCAAGACAGGUUCUGAGUCCUCUAGUAGUGUAGGGUCAUCUACGGGGUCACUGUCUCGCUCGCAGCCGCCUCUCCCUGUCCCAGCUCUAACCCAGCCCAGCCAGGCUGCCCCCGCUCCCGCGGCCUACCCUACAGUCAGCACUAGUAGCUCUGUGUCCUUCGAGGGGGGCAGGAACGGCCCAGCGGUGCCCUCGUCUAACCCUAGCUACUAUUUGCUUCCUCUGGAAGCCACAGGGAUGCUACCUGGGAGUAUUCUGGUGAACCCACACACAGGUCAGCCCUUCUUGAGCCACGACAGCAGCGCUGUGGUGUACACCCCUGUCACGGCCCAGCAGCCCCUGCCCCCUCCACCGCCACCUCCAUCUCAGCCUGCCCCCCACCCACACCCUCCAGCCAACCAUAUUCUUUCCCAGCCUGUUCGGCCCCUCCAGCCCCCAGCACAGCCUGUUCACUACUCAACGGUUUCUUACCCGUCUCAGCUCCUGCCUGUCUCCCCUAACCAACAAUACACUGUGCAAGACAGCCUGGGCACCCAAUUCAGCCACAUGAACCUGGCCCGACAGCCUUCCAGUGAAGGCCACGAUGCCCAUGCAGCCAUCUACCCCUCCUCUGUGGUACUGCAGGCCCCCCAGCAGGGCAGCUACAUGGUGGCUCCACCAGGACAACCAGUGCCAGCACCUGCAUACCCAAACCCUGGAACUGGCACUAACCAGCCUGUUGUGGCUCAGCAGAGCUACAUACAACAACCCGUACAGCAGGUGCCCACAUGCUACUGUGCCCCAGGCCAGUAUCCUCACUCCAACCAGCCAUACCGACCUGUCACCCCAGUGCAAUACAACAAUCCCCCGAGCCAGGCGCUGCCCCAACACACCCAGCAAUCAGGCUAUCAGACUGUGAUGCCAACCCAACCACAGAGUUACCAGAAUAUGGUAGCAGUACAGCCACCUCAGAAUCAAAACCUGGUCAGCAACCAGCAUAGCAAUAUGGGAAGUCAGAUACAAGGCAUGAUGGUCCAGUACCCUUCAAUGCCAUCGUAUCAGCAGGUCUCCAUGCCCCAGGGAUCACAGGGCAUACCCCAGCAGACGUAUCAACAGGCAAUCAUCAUGCCAAGUCAGACCAGCCAGGGGCCCAUGCCAGCAUCUAGUGUGCAGGUCUACUACAGUGUCAUGCCACCCAAUCAGCAGAGUACCAUCAGCUCCACGGUGGGCUUCCUGCCACCUCAAGGGACAGAGCAGAUGCCGUUCCCAAGGACCUCCCCACCGUGCAGCUCCCAACAGCUUCCUGGACAGCAGUGUGCAGGCAUGCCCCCCAGUCACAGCAGCGGUUUGGUGAUGAUGCAGCUAGCACUGCCCCCCAGCCACCAGCCCCGAGCUCACUCUCCCCCUCAGUGGAAACACAGCAAAUACUACAGCCUGGACCAGCAACGGGCCCAGAAGCCGUCCGACCUCCCCUCUCUUGACACCUCCCAGAGCAGUCCUCAGUUGGGCAGCCCUGCUACCUCCCCUGCCCAGUCUCCCACCCCUGCCCAUCUGACCAACAUGAAGAACAUCCGUCCCAGCCUCUCUGCCAUGCCCAUCAUGCCUCAGUUCUCCAGACCCUUUGUCCCCGGACAAGGUGAUGCACGGUACUCUCUACUGGGGCAGCCUUUGCAGUACAACCCUCCAAUGUGCCCACCCCUACUGCCCAGCCCCCACAUGGUCCCCAGCCACCAGGGUCCCACAGGAGUCCGCCAUGGGGGACGGGGUAGGAAGACCACGAAGAAGGCAUUCUCCACAGAUCUCAGUGUAGGUGAACCAGUGAGUGGACGGGUCCUGGAGGUGACAGAUUUGCCUGAGGGAAUCUCACGGGUGGAGGCAGACUCGCUGCUUGCUGAGCUAGGUAAGGCGGGCGCCACCAUCAAGUGGCUGCCGGAGCACCAGUUGCCGCAUCUGCCCCGCGGAAGCGGGGACAGAAACGGCAGCCCCAACCACACAAAGCUCGCCUGCGACCCAGCAUCGGCCUACACCAUCCUUGCAGUGUUCCCCUCGAGACACGCAGCGCAGAGCGCCCUGCUCAGGCAUAGCGGCCCCCUGGCCACGUUCAGACUGAGAACUAGCAAGAGAGCUGUGGACACGCCCACUUUGGAGAGGGCCAGUUCACAGUAGGGACCCUCGCCAGCAGCAUUACGGCCACCAGGAGCACCUGUCACUUCCGGCUGCAGCCACUCCCCACUUCCAGUUUGUCGCUAAGUUGGCCUGAGUACAUUGGGUUUUCACUUGAGUUGUAGAAAUGUUCAGAAAGUGUGUCUUUGUAAUGUUCUAGUGAUUCGGAAGCAAAACAAAGAUUCAGUUUGAGUAUUCAGAACCAAGAAUGGAAGUCCAAAUAUAAACCAUGUCUUUUU